AGACGGGCAGGCUGGAAUACAUUCGUUCAUUUUCUAGCCGAUGCCACGUAUUCUUCUCUUCGAACAGCAAUAAUAAGUCUCACUCCCGAUGAUUCCAAAUGUCGUCUGUACUGUAAGGGUCGAGCAUGCCGGUACUGCAAUACCUAUUUGGGAAAAAGUGCCAUCCCAAGGCUGUACUCCACGUGGAUUACGGAUGACAUUCUAGCAAUGGCCAGACCACAGCCGGUUCACUUUGAAAACGAUGAAAUUAUACACAGCUUGAAAAGGAAAAAAAUUCGUGCCGUGUUUAAUCUUCAAGAAUUUGGCGAGCACCCGUCUUGCGGAUCGGGAAAUCUAGACGGAGGAUUCAGUUAUGAUCCAGAGCGCCUUAUGAGAAAUGACAUAUUUUACUACAACUUUCCAUUGCCCGAUUUCGAAGCUUGUACACCGGCUAGACUCGUAGACAUUGUAACUGUUAUGAUCUAUGAACUGACAAGAGGGAAAGUCGCUGUUCAUUGCCAUGCAGGUCAUGGAAGAACGGGAAUGGUAAUCGCCGCAUGUCUCAUGCUGGUUAGAGGAAUGACUCCUCGGGAAGCCGUCGAUGUUGUUCGACAGAAACGGCCAGGAUCGGUGCAGAGCUCUGAUCAAGUUCAAGCGUUACAUUCGCUACGUGUCCUGCUUAUCAAUAGUGCCUCCGUUCUUCCUACUUCACCAUUCCGUACAAUUUCGGAGUAUAUAGAAUUUACAGGUCGUGUGCUACCUAGGAUGGAUAUGAGACGAUAUGGAAAAGUGCCUAAGGUACGUUUCCAUGAAUAUCAGUUGAGCUGCAUUUCAGAAUCAGAACUUCUUUUCUUGAUACUGCAGGUGCCUAUGAAACUUGCGUCUGAUGGAAAACCCCUUCAGUUAAGGUGA